AUGGCGGAUGCACUGCUCGGUCCCGCAGUACAAGUUCUAGUGCGGACGGCAAUAAACUCGGCUUCAGAACAAAUUGGCCAGUUUGUUGGCUUCAAGAAUGAUUUGAAGAAACUGCAGAAAACGUUGAUUGAAAUCCAGGCUGUCCUUCGUGACGCAGAGAAAAAGCAGGUGACCGAAAAUUACGUGAAGAUUUGGCUGGAGGACCUUGAACGUGUGGCUUUUGAUGCUGAUAAUUUGCUGGAUGACUUCAACUAUGAAAUGAUUCGACGCAAAGUUGAGAUCCAAAACCAAAUGAAGAGGAAGGUAUGCUUCUUCUUCUCAGUCUCCAAUCCCAUUGCAUUUCGUUGCAGAAUGGCCAAAAAAAUUCAAAAAAUCAAUAUGGAUUUGACAAGUAUUCAUGAACGAAGAACGAAACUUGGCCUCCUCCGGUCACAGAAUGGAGCUAGAGAUGCACCUGCUUUUAUGGAGAGCAGAGAGACCGACUCUGUUACUACUGAUACUGUUGGAAGAGAUGAUAAUGUUUCAGCAAUAGUAACAGAGUUGACUGCCACCAGUAACAAUGAAACUAUCUCCGUUCUUCCCAUAGUGGGGAUGGGCGGGAUCGGGAAGACCACUGUGGCUCGAAAAGUUUUCCAUGAUCUAAAUAUUGAAAACCAUUUUGACGAGAGAAUGUGGGUGUGCGUAUCAGGUUUUGAAAAACAUUUCGAUGCCAACAGGCUUUUCGGUUUGAUGCUUGAAUCAUUGAAAGUCCCCAUGCCUGAAGUUGCGAGUAAGGAAGCCAAAGUCCAGAAGCUUAAGGAAAUAUUGGAUGGUAAAGAACCGAAUGGUAAAAAGUAUCUAUUGGUCCUCGAUGAUGUAUGGAGUGAGGACCCCGCACCAUGGGAUGGGUUUCUUGAUUCUUUGCGAGGCAUUAGCUCAGCCAAGGGGAGCUGGAUUCUUGUGACCACCCGUAACGAACAAGUGGCAACCAUCACAGCAAUUUCUUCUCGUCCUUGUUCCUUAGAGGAAUUAUCAGAUUAUGAUUGUUGGCUCAUCCUUGAAAAAAAAGCAUUUGGUUCCAGGGAAGCACCGGAUGAUCUAAAAGAGUUAGGAUUAGAGCUUGCAAAGAAAUGCCAAGGCUUACCAUUAGCUGCAAGUGUUCUUGGCGGUAUGUUGCGCAACAAGGGAAGUGACGUAUGGCAUUCAAUUUUAGAUACUGGGCUUCAAAAUAUAGGUGGAAACAGAAAUGAUUACAUCAAUAAAAUUUUGAAGUUGAGCUUUGAUCAUCUUCCAUAUCCAUCUCUUAAAAAGUGUUUUGCAUAUUGUUCAAUUUUUCCCCGGGGUUUUGAAAUGGAAAGGAAUCAACUAAUCCAACUUUGGGCUGCAGAAGGAUUUCUUCAUUCAAAUCCAAGAAACAAGAUGUGUAUGGAAGAAGUUGGUAAGCUAUAUUUUAACAUUUUGUUGGAUAGUAACUUAUUUCAAGAUGCAGAGAAGGAUGGUUAUGGGAAUGUUUUGAAUUGCAAAAUGCAUGAUCUUGUGCAUGGCAUGGUGCAAUCCAUUUCCGAUUCCAAAACUUUAAGGUUGACAGAGUCUGGUAGUGUUCAUAUGGAAACGGCUUCUAUUCGGUAUCUUGCACUGGAGAGAAGUGAAAAAGAAAUGCCAUUUCCUUCCACUGAAAGUUUCAAGCGUGUUACGACAUUGUUUUUGCAAGGAAGCAGAUCACUUAAUGAUAGGGAGAUGUCAUUUUUUAUGUUGCGAACAUUAAGAGUUAAAUAUUGUGACUCACUGACAAAGUUUCCUAAGAAUUUCAAGAAUUUGGUGAAUUUGAGGCACUUUGACUUUUUCUCUGAGGAUAAAUCAAGUGAUAUCAUGCCUUUUGAGAUCGGACAGUUGCAAUUUCUCCAAACUUUGCCAUUUUUCAAUAUUGGUGAAGAAAGAGGUCAACAAAUUGGAGAAUUGAGGAAUUUGAAGAAUCUCAGUGGACAACUAGAGUUAUGCAAUCUUGAAUUAGUGAAAAGCAAGGAAGAAGCCGAGUCUGCAAAUCUGAUUGGGAAGCCAAACAUUGAUGAGUUAAGAUUACUGUGGAAUGAAAUAGAUAAUUCAAAAAAUAAUGAUAGUGAAUACAAUCAAGUGUUGGAAGGCUUGCAUCCUCACCCAAAUUUGAAAGGUGUGAUAAUUGAAAGAUUUUUUGGUGACCAGCUUUCGACAUGGAUUGGAGAACUCGGGAGAUUGGUGAAAUUCAAAUUGCAAAAUUGCAAAAAUUGCAAAGAGUUACCAACUUUUGGAAACAUGCCUUUCCUCAGAUCUCUUCACUUGAAAGGACUUGAUAGCCUAACAAGUAUAGGCCCUUCUUUUUAUGGCAGAUCAGGCGUGCAUAGUGGCAGUACCAGUCAAAGACCCCUAAACUUGUUUCCAGCACUUGAAGAUCUCAUUCUGGAAAAUAUGCAAAAUUUGAGGGAAUGGACGGAAGCAACAGUUCAUGAUGGGACAAUGGUAGUGUUUCCAGUCCUUCAUACGGACCAAAUUACCAAUCAGUGGCUGAGCACACUUGUAUUGACAAUAAUGCUCCUCAACAUUUGGUUGGUCUUGAGUCCUUAG